GUGGUGGCUCCGUGUGCCGUGCUCUCGCCGCCGCGGGCUGGGAGCUGUGACGGGCCUCGGGCAGCCCCUCCCACCGGCGCGGCGCCGGGCGCUCCGCAAGGCCAGCCCGCCGGCCGCUGCGCCGGGCCGGACGGGCCGCGCCGGGCGUUUUUGCCUCGCCCUCGGCUACCGGCGCGCUCCCGCCGCGGCCUCCAUCCGCCGGACGGCGCCCGCGGCACCUUUCACCGGCUCCACCAAUCACCGGCCGCCUCUCAUCGCGCCGGCCAAUCGGCGGGCGCGGUUCAGCCGCCGCCGGCCGGCGCCAGACGCGGUCGGCAGGACGGAUCGCCCGGGGCGUUCGCGGCGCUCGCGGGGGCGGCCGGCCCGGCGUGCGGCCGCAAACCAGCGCGUGCCGUCACCAUGGACGCUGGCGAACAGGAGACUGCGCCUAUGGAGCCUUUGCGCGCUGCGCCUCGCCGGCCCUCGGAGAAGUUCACGGCAGCAAUGCGCACGUUUCUGCUAUCCCAGGUGAUGGAGCGCUGGUCCGUGGUGACCGAUGUGCGUAUCGACGACCGAGCCGUCUACAGCAAGCGGCGUGCCUGGACCGAGAUUGCCGCCCAGUUCGGACAGCGCUUCCCGGGCAGCGGCAAGACGGUGCAGCAGCUGAAGGAUCUGUGGAAGCGGCACAGCAUCCAGUUCCGGCGCGAGAGUCGCGAGGAGUUGGCGCUGGAGGAAGCUACCGACAGCGCCGUGCCUAACGAGCUCAUGUUCCAGAAGCUGCUGGAGUGGCUGGAGUCGAACCCGGGCGAGGAGGGCGGCGGGGUCCCGGACGGAGCGCCGCCGGUCGACGAAGGGGAGCCGGAGCCCAAGGAGCCUCGUCGGACUGAGGAGGCUGUCGAGAAGGUCGAGGUCAAAGACGAGCCGCCACCCACGCCACCCAGGGUGGACACUCCGUCGGCCGACUCCGGCGGCUCGGCAGAGGAGGCCGCCGGCCGACGGUCAGCCGAGAUCCUCUCCAGCGCCGACAAACACUACCUCAUCAUGCAGUGUUUUCGGGCCUACGACAUCAUUGGCAGCACCCGGCUCGACUCCCCGGCACUCCGGCAGAAGCGGAAGACCUGGGUGGAGAUCUGCACAGAGUACAACCGCAAGUUUGGCAGGAACCUGGGCAUCAGCACGGUGAAGGGCGUGUGGCGGCGCUUCGUGAAGCAGCGCAAGGACGACCUGAUGAAGACGCUGAAGCUGCGGAACAAGGAGGAGGUGACGGAGGACGCCCUACUCGAGGACAUGAAGGCGUUCCUCUCCAGCUACCGGGAGGCGCACGGGGUAGAGGAGAGCGACGACGUGCCGCUCUACAAACGCAUCAGGGCUGACGUGGAGGAGAGGCCGCUCACGGCGAGCCACCGGUCCCAGCGAAUGUCGCCUGAGCAGAUUCUGAACCAGCUGCGGCGGCUGACGCCGGCGCCACCUCCGCUGCGCGCCGCGAACGGUGCUGCCGCCAUGCGGCGACGGCCGACAACUCCGUCCGACGAGCCGGACGAGGGGCUGAUGUCCGAGGAGGAAGAGACGGCCGAGGGGAGCAUGCUGGAUCCGCGGGACCGUCUGGGCUGUGACGUCAGUAUCACCGUGGUGGACCCGGAGAGCCGUCCCUCGUCGGGCGGCGGCCGGCCCGCCUCUCCGUCCGCCCGGCCGGCGGCGCCGACAGCGCCCCUGGCGGCGGCUCCCGGAGACACGCUCUCCGACCAGCUGGAGAGGGACCGUCACCGGCUGCAGAUGGAGCAGCUGCGCGAGCGGCACCAGCUGGAGCUGCGCCAGCUGCGAGAGAAACACCACUGGGAGGCAGAGAAGACGCGGCUCGAGGCCGAGAUCCUGAGCAUGCGCAGAGACUACUGGUGCCUGCUGCUGGAUAGGUGCCGGGCGGGCGUGACGCCGCACCCCGCACAACUCUAAAUGGAGGGGGACCCAGCACCCCCUCAGGCACCCCGCACAGCUGUGAGGAAUCGGGGGUUCCAUCCAGCACACCGAUCAGCUCUGAAAGAUGGCACACCCCGCUGAACAGCUGUGCUGAGGAGACAAUGGCUGCCUCCGUAUUCUCAUAUGUUGCUGUUGCUUGACGUUCGGUUGGUUGUGAAUGACUGUGGGUUUCGUUUGCACGUUUAACAAGAAGGUUAUGUUCCGUUUGCUUGUUUUGGGUGAAUUGAUCGUGUUUUUACAAUGCAUACUGACUGCUGUUGAUUCCCAUGAGUUACUUGCUAAUUGUGUACUAGAUUGGUGUCUUUUUAAAUAAACCGCACACAUCUUGA